AAUAUAUAGUUAUGAUUGAUUUUUCCGCUUUUGUAGUAGGGAAAAACGAGACGAACGUUGAAGAAUUUCGCUGAAAAUCAAAUUUUGUUCAAAAAAAGGCCAAAGAGAAAGUAACGUCUUUCCAGCCGUCGCGUGAUGACGCCACACGUGACGCGUUUUUUCCCCGCCCCCUGGCCGCUUCGAGUUUCUAGCGUUUUGGUGUCUGCUGGGCCUUUCGCGCCAAGGGGAUGUGAGGGGACGAGGAGAGAAGGAUAAUUCAAAUUAUGGAAGAAAACAAUGUCACCUCCUUAGCUGAUGAACAAAGUACAAUCCCUUUUGUGAAAACAGAAAUCACGACUGAGAAGGCAGCUAAGGAAGAUGCUGGGAAAAGUUACAAAAAGAAUACAUCAGAUACUUCUGACAUGUACCGGUAUAUUAAAGAUGACCUGUUUACAUCGGAGAUUUAUAAAGUAGAAAUUCAGAAUCUUCCCAAAUACAUUGGUUUUAAUGAAGUGAAGAAAUUUCUCGCCAAGUAUGGUCUUAACCCUCACAAGAUAAAACUAUUGGGGAAACAGACUUUUGCUUUCGUCACCUUCAAGAGUGAGGAGGAAAGAGACAAAGCCAUGAAGGUCCUUCACGGAGUCCUGUGGAAGAACCGAAACUUGAGUGUCAAACUCGCAAAGCCAAAGGCUGAUCCCAUCAUGAAGAAGAGAAGAAGGGAGGAGGAAGAGGAAGGGGGGGAGGUAAAAGAGCAGACAGCAGCAAAGUGCCCCUCUUUGGCAAAAGAUGGCAGAGAGGAGCCAAUUAGUAAGCAGAUAGCAGAUGUGGUGACUCCUUCGUGGAACGUACCAUAUGAGGAACAGCUGGCUAAGAAGCAGCAAGAAUGUGAGCAAGUGCUGUUAAAAUUGACACGGGAAAUUGGAAACAACAACAAAGCUCUGCUACCCUGGCUUUUCGUGCAGAAGGAGAAGUCCAAUGGUCUGUGCUGUUGCCUGGAAGGGGUGAAAGCGUCACCAUCACAGACUGAAUAUCGGAACAAGUGUGAAUUUUUGAUUGGCAUAGGGCCCAACCAGGAAGAUAAAAGCGUGGGCUUCCGCCUUGGCAAAUACAAAGGCGGGACGUGUGCGGUCGUGGAGCCCUUUGAGACUGUUCACAUUCCUGCGGUUGCCAAAAAGGUAGUGAAGGCUUUUCGGGAUUACAUAAGGUCUACACCUUAUAACGUCUACAGCCCGGAAACCUAUGACGGACACUGGAAACAGCUAACAGUUCGCACCAGCCGGAAUGGUCACAUCAUGGCAAUUGCUUAUUUCAAUCCUCAGAAACUUGAUAAAGAUGAGCUGAUUGAACUACAAAGCUCUUUGGCAAAGUACUUCACAGAAGGCAUGGGCAAGGACAGCGGAAUCACUUCUCUGUAUUUUGUGGAGGAAGGUCAGAGAAAGUCUCCUAAUCGUGAAGAUUUGCCCUUGGAGCACAUUGCUGGCAACAAGUACAUAUAUGAAGAUCUUCUCGGGCUAAAGUUCCGGAUUUCGCCUCAUGCCUUUUUCCAAAUAAAUACACAGGCUGCUGAGGUUCUCUACUCUACUAUUCAUGAUUGGGCCCAAGUCAGCCAGGAUACUACAGUGCUCGAUGUCUGCUGUGGAACAGGAUCUAUUGGCAUUUCCCUUGCCAAGAAAGUGAAGAAGGUGAUCGGGAUUGAGCUUUGUCAAGAAGCUGUGGAAGACGCCCGGGCGAAUGCUGAACUUAAUGAACUGAAUAAUGUUGAAUUGCACAGCGGAAAGGCUGAAGAUCUCGUUCCUUACCUACAGAUUGCAAUUGACUUAGUGGUGACCCGUCAUGGGGUUUUCCAGGCGAGAGACCAACAGAGGUGGUUUGCCAUUGCCUGCCUCUAUUCCAAAGUAAUUCUUGCAAUCCGAAAAGCUGAACACUUGAAAAAGCUCAUCUACGUGUCCUGCAAUCCUCGAGCUGCCAUGAACAACUUUGUGGACCUUUGUCGAGCACCUUCAAAUCGUGUCAAGGGAAGCCCUUUCCGUCCUGUCAGAGCAGUGGCUGUGGACCUCUUCCCUCAAACGAUGCACUGUGAACUGCUACUUUACUUUGAACGAAUAGAACAUUCCAGUGAGAAACCACCUGAAGCAUUAGUAGACUCUGCUGAAAUUCCAGCUAUGAAACCAGAAGCAGGAGCUUCCAUGGAAGAGGACAAUACUGACUUACCUGGAAAGCACACAGCGGAAGAAUCUUCCAGCUAAUGAGGGGGGGGAAAGGCUUGCUAGUUUGCAUGAUUACCUAUUUUCCUUCUAUAACGCUUUGCCAUCUUCCUUCAAAUAUGUUGCCUCUCUGAGGAAAAACUGAACAAGUAUUUAAUCUGUGGAGCUUUGAGAUGAUGGCUAUGCUGUACUGGAGAGGAGACUUCUUUUCUUGAAGGGAUCUUGGCAGAGGAUCAAGUCUAUCAGCCCAUAUGGAUAUCUGUAUAUGUUUACUGAUACCCGGGCAGGGCAUUUGCCAAAGUGAUUUUUAUUUUUGAAUGUUAGGAGUGUGCCAAAUCCAAAGGAUCACUGAGAAAACCGGCAAUUUGGAGCAAGACUCUUGGAAAACAUCUGGCAAAUAAAUACACUACUC